AUGACUCCGAUCUCCUCCGCUACCGUUCCUUUGGAGCCGGGCUACUUACCUGACUGGUCCAACACCAUCCGGCUCUUUGUCCAAAACAUGGACUCCCGCACGAUUGUGAUCAUGGCGCGGCCGUAUGACACUUUAGGCGAGUUACUUGGUCGCUUCGCGGGUGUGGGGCAUAGGAGCAACCUGCAUGCCGUAUUUGAUGGUCGGCAGCUCCCUCCCAAGGCGCCGAUCGGCGAGCUCCGUCUCCCGCCCGACGCCAUGCUCCACCUAACCCCAUACCCUGAAGCAUGGAGCCUUGCGUCCCAGAUCGCCGCUGCGGCCACAGCCCAGAGGCUCGUCUCCGCGGAAACCGCAGAGUUCUUCAGGAACUUCUUUGGCAACGACAGGCAACGUAUGCCCCGGCUUGUGCGGUAUCUGGGCAUACCGCAUGGCGCACCGCAGGACGUCGUUGUUGCGGAAGCCUCCAGGAUGCUCGUCUCCAGGGACACUGUCCUGCUCGUCAGGAAGUUCCUCGACAACGCCAGCACCGUCCACCAGCGGCAAGCCCCACACCACGCUGAAAUGAUGGGGGAGUACCUCGACGUCCUACUCCAAAGCGGUGUCAUCGGCCUUCUGGUCCGCCUCUACCUCUCCAACUCCGGGAAGUAUCAUAAUAGAGGAAAGUCGGCAAUCCUGUCCUUCCUGAUUCCGGAUGGCAGGCUUCCCCUUCAUCUCGAGGUGUGGUCGGCCCCAGUGUUCUUGCAGCUCUGCCGCUUGAUCGCCUCUGGCUCGACCCAUGGAAAAAACGACCCGAUCUACAGGGACUGUAGAGGGAAGCUUGCGAACUUGUUCUCUUUGCACGGGUGGCUGACGCUGCCGGAGCCGGAGUUGCCUCGAGAGUGGUUGAUCGAGCAGCUGAUUCCUUUGGCCCAGGAGACGGCGGACGAGUUCAUUUUGUACAUGGGCCAGGGUACAUGGGUGCCCCCGGUCUUCGAGUUCAGAGUAUUCUUCUCGGUGCUGUGCCGAAAGGUGCGCGUGCCAUGUGCCGCCGACUCGUCGCCAGAUGGUCGCGCAGGAGCGCACCAGCAGGACGCGGCGGUUGACAGGAUCUGGGUUGUUUUAGACGCGCUGGAUUCAUGGUCCGAGACGCACGGCCAGUUUGCCGCCGCCAUGCGGGACACCCUCAUGGCACAUGCGGCGUACUUCAACGCACUCGUGCUGGGCACCAGCGCUGGGCGGAGCAGGCAAGACGACAUGGCCCGUAUCGUCUCCAAGCAUAGGGACAUCCUCGGGGUGGAGGCGCGGAGGCAUUUCUCCAUGGCGAUGCUGCCGGAACUAGAUGCGGACCUGUCACCUCUGGACAUGGAGCGGCCACUAGAGAUGCUCAUCUAUCGGUCGCAGCUGCUGUUUGAAUCCUUAUUGUACAUCUCCACCGCAACGCGCGACGAGCUCCAUGCCGGCCUGGAUGUGGAGUUCGUGAACGAGGAAGCCAUCGGCGACGGGGUGGCCAGAGAGUGGGUCACCCUGGUGUGCCGCGCUCUGUUCGACCCGCAGCAGGGCCUCUUUUCGCCGUGUCCACAUAACCGGCGAAGAUUCUUCCUGAAUCCAGCCCUGGCACACAAAAUACAGGUGGGGGUUCUGUUUGACAGGACGCUGUUCUCGCGGCUAUCUGGGAGACCCAUCACCCUGGAAGACAUUGCAGACGCCGACCCAAGCAUGUACGCGAGCUGCAGGAAAAUCCUAGAGAUGGAUCCUGAUCUCAUCGAUUCAAACGCGUUGGGUCUCACGUUUGCUCGAGAAGUUGGAGCGUUCGGGUCCCGGGAAGUCAUUGAGCUCCUCCCCGGAGGGAGAGAUGUCCCUGUUGAUAGCAAGAACAGAAGCCAGUACAUCGAUCUUCUGAUUCAAGAUCUCUUCGCGAACAGCACCAAAGAUCAGCUAAAUCAUUUUGCUGAGGGGUUUAGGUUCAUGCUCGUGAGACCGGAGUUGCAGAGAGCUUUCUUCCAAAGCUUGGAUCUUGAAGAUCUUGACCAGAUGCUGGGUGGACGCAUGAGCACCAUUGAUGUGCAAGAAUGGAAAGAAAAUACCACCUACCGGGGUUACAGCGAACAGGAUGAUCAGAUUAAUUGGUUCUGGAAGGCUGUGGCGAGCAUGACGGCUGAAGAGCAGAGACGGCUGCUCUUCUUUUGGACCUCGGUGGAGUAUCUACCAUUUGAUGGUUUCGGCGGGUCAGAGCUGUCCAUGCACAUAUCCAAGGCAUCAUCCAAGACUCCAGACCAUCUCCCGUCCUCAAGGACCUGCAUGUACCGCUUGAACCUGCCCUGCUAUACCUCCUUCGACAUGACGCUGAGCCGGCUACGCAUGGUCGCCCAGGACCACGUGAGCAAUAGCUUUGGUGAGAUAUAA